CCCGGCAUGGCGGGGGCGGCCUCCCGGUGGGGCCCCGCUCACCCGCGGGGGGCCCCCGUCGAACUACAGCUCCCACAAGGCCAACCGCGGCCUCUCGCCGCCCGCCGCCCGCCGCGGCCCGACCGGAACUACGCGGCCCACAAUGCACUGCGCCGCUCGCGCCGCGCCGGAACUACCCGCCCCAGCCUGCGCUGCGGCCCCGCCCCCGCUUCAGGCCCCGCCCCCUCCCUGCCCUGCCUCCCGUCGUGCACCGCGCGCCAAGUCUCUGGAGGGCUUGCGGCCGUUGACCGCCAUGGCUGCUAGCGGCACCCGCCUCGUACGGGCCGCCCGUGAGAAUGUACCUAAGUCAGGAAAUAAGAAGAAUUCUGGCAGAAGUGCCUUCCUGAAGCAGAAAGCAGCUGUGUUCCCAGAGCAUGAUAAUGACACACCACGGGUUAUGCUCAGGAGGAUCAUCCUGACGCAACCACAAGUUUCACCUGUAGCACCUCAAUUAUAUAAGGAUGAAGAAACAGAAGCAGCUCAAUCAGAACUUCCAUCUAAGAGGGUUUCCAGUGUGUUGGACAUGCAACUGCCAGACCUUGUUCCUGAGGACACAUCUGUUGCCACAUUCCGUAUGACUAAGAAGAGAAAGAAACUCAGCAUUUCUGAGUUUGAGAGAGCAGUAGACAAACGACUUCCUCAGAACCAAGAUCGGUCAAUGUUGGACAGCACUGCUUUGGCUCGAUCUCUUCGCAUGUCUCUUGGUUCCUUGAUCCCACCAGACACUGUUGAAAAGAGAGGCUUACGCCGGAGGCCAAAAAUUCGCAAAGCUAUUGACAUGAAAGCAUUUGAAGGUGGAGUGGAACAGAACAUGCUGAAGAGAAAAGCACAGAGCUGUCUUGUGGAUUCCCAAACAGCAUCUGAGAUUCAAGCACCCUCGCUGACAAGUGAUGCAGAAAUUGUACUGAGUAACACGGAGCUCUUCAUUCAUCCUCAAUUUGAUGAACAGAACCAAAAUAAGCUUUCUGCUCUUGAGCCACAGCUAUCGGAUUCAAAAACCUCAGCACAGAGAAGCAAGAUUUCUGAUGCAGCUCAGGAGGAAGCAAGGCUUGUGGGCCUGGUAUCCAGUGUGGAUACAAAUGAGGGAAGGACCCAAACACAUUCUGAGGAGUUAAUCCUCAAUCAUGAGCACUUUGGCGGAAUGACUCAUGUAUCUUGUAAAACACCUGUAAAACAGCAAGAAGCUGCUAAUAGAUGGAGCUCCUCUUUGCCACCCAGAAGUCCAAGUAAAUCUUUGGAAUCCCCAGUCACUCUAAAGCCUAAGAGAUCUUUCAGCAUGUCUUUGAGAGAAGUUGUGUCCCGUAUAAUUGAAGACCUAGAUGUAAGUGAUACUGAAGAAGAGAUGGCUAAUACAGCAAACAAAGUGGAACAGAUUUUCAGAGAGGCUGCAGAGCACCGUGCAAAUGCUGGGUAUUCUGGACAUUUGGAGAAGCAGCUGACUGAAAAAGCAGAAUUGCAGAUAACCAUGGCACAGGAUGGCAAAGUCAAAACAGAAACAGCAGCUUUAGAAGAGGAGGGAAUAGCAGAAGGUGAUGUUGAACACCAAGGCUCUCCCGAAGCUGAACAGGAGAUUGCUAAAGAUGUUGGAGCUGCAAGUCUGGUCAGGCAUUCUGAUGCAAUCUCCUCCUCUGAAAAAAAUGGGGUGAAACCAUUAGAAGAAGCUGUUGAACAAGCAGACGAACUAGAAGACCAGGCUAUUGCACUAGAACUGGAUGGUCUGGAAGAAGAGCCUACUGAAGAUGGAGCUGAAGACCCUGAGAGUGCAGAAGUUUCCAUGAGGACACCCACAUUUGUCCGUGCUGCAGCCUACAAGCCACUGCUGUCAACUCCACAUCAUGUAAAACCUGCUGCUCCCAAGUUGUCAGCUCCACGUCCUGCAAAACCUGUUGCUCCUAAGUCUUCCCUGCAGCCGCUGCAGGCUAAGCCAGUUCCAAAGAGCUCGGGAACGUCACGGAGGAAACCACGAGAGCCUGAAAUAGCAAGCAGAUUGAUAAAAGGAAUAUUUAGACAUUAUGCGAAAAUGCCAGUGGCCAGAGAUGCAUUCAAAGUUGUUGAAAAAUGCUCUGAGAGAUACUUCAAGCAGCUAAGCAACGAUCUGGAAGCUUAUACCAGACAUGCAGGGAGGAGGACGGUGGAGAUGGCUGACCUGGAACUCCUCAUGAGAAGACAAGGGCUGGUGACAGACAAGAUGCCAAUAAAUGUGCUGAUAGAGGACUACUUCCCGAUGGAGUACAGGAAGCUCCUGAUCCCAGUUGCUGUGUGUGGGAAUAAAGUGAUUCCCUCCAAAUAACCCUGCCUCUUGUGCCCUGUGGCCCAAGUGGCCGCGGCAGGUGGGAAGGUGGCCCGCUGGCAGGGGCUGGCUGAGGCUUGUUCCAUGUAACUGCUCCCUGUAACCAGUGGGCGAUACACGGCCAAUGUUCUCUUGAGCCAAUGCGGGCUGUGCUGUGGCUGUCACGACAGUCUGUCUCACCAGCUCUUGUUACAAGUGAUUUGUCUAUCCUGAAUUUUUUACUACCUUUGAAUACUUGUACAGCUUUGAUAAAUAAAGUAUUAUAUGUAUUCUGCAUGAAACAACUGCUGCUUAUUCCAGUGAGCUGAAAGGCCACUGCAUUGUGUCGUUUAAAAUGUUCCUCGCAGACACGUAGCUGGUUUGACGGUCUUUGUACUAACUUACCAUUUUCUCAGAGGAGAAAAGUUAUGUAUACCCUAACGUGAAGAAGCAGAUCAAUCUUACAACUGUGUCAUUUUCUAGGGCAGGGGCUUUCAAACUUUGGAAUCUUGUCCUGUUUUGCUAGUCUAGUCUGCUGUGCCAAGAGUAGAUCAUAAUCCAUCUGUGACCACAGCUGUUUGCUGAUGUAAACAGAAAUGAGGAAAUAUAUUUACGUUAUAUACUGUCUGUCUUAUGGGGAAUCAGUAAGCAAUAAUGUAAGACCAACUGAGAGAUGAAAUGGGGAGAUGAAGGACUGAGAGAUUGAUUCAGAUGGAGUUAAUUAUGUGUGUUUGGUUUAUGUGAGAAGGUUUUGGUAGCAAGAUGGAGGGUGGGUACUGCAGAAACCAGGGCCUGCCCCCAUGUCAGAACCAGCUCCAAGAUGGACUCUGAGCUGGCCAAAGCUGAGCUUCUGAUAAUAUUUUUAAGAAGGGGUAAAAAUGCCGCACAGCAGCUGUGAGAGGAGGAGUAAGGAGAAAAAUAUAAAAGCAACAACUCUGCAGACACCAGGGUCAGUGAAGAAGGGGAUGAUGGAGCAGAGAAUCCCCUGCAGCCAAUGGAGAAGACCAUGGGGAAGCAGAUUGUCCCCCUGCAGCCCGUGGAGGACCCUGCCCCAUGGCAGGUGGAUGUGCCCUGCAGGAAGCUGCAGCCCAUGGAGAGGAGCCCAUGCAGGAACAGAUUUGUUAGCAGGAACCUGUGGGGACCCAUGCUGGAGCAGUUCCUGAAGAACCAUCCCAUGGGAGGGCCCCACACCAGAGCAGGGGAAGUGUGUAAGGAAGGAUUGACAGAGACAGUGUGUUGUAAGCUGACUGGAACCUUUCAUUCCACCUUUCCACUGGAUGGACGCAAGUAAUCUGUCAGAGAGCGGAAGCAAAAAAAAAUGUGUACUAAAGAGUUCUGGAUGGAAACUGUUUUUUUUUUUAAAGAAGGUUUUUAUAUAACUAAAUUUGAUUUAUUCACCUGGUUGAAGUACACUAUGCAAAGAAAGAUUUUUAUCUAUAAUGGACUACAAUCAGGCAACCAAAGUAACAGGUGCCGGGAUAAACAAUAAAUAUCUUUUAAGAGAUGGUCCCAGUAGAAAACCAUUGACAUUUGAUAGCUGCUCAGUUCCUAGUGCGAAAUGAGCUCCUGGUUCUAGUCUAUUUCUAGCUCUCUGUGAUUGUUUACAAAGUACUGGUAUCACUGUGGCAUCUGGAUGCCA